AUGGCAUUUGUUGAAAGAUGGCAUCCGGAAACAAGUACUUUCCACCUUCCGUUAGGUGAGCUCGGCAUCACAUUGGACGAUGUCCAAUGUCUGUUACAUCUUCCAAUCCAAGGAAAGUUUUUGAACCAUACGAAGAUGUCAAUGGGAGAAGGGGCUGACAUGGUUAGUUCAUAUCUAGGAGUUGAACGAGAGGAGAUUGAUAUAGCAUUCUCCGAAACCAACGGGGUACAUUUGAAGCAUGGUACCCUGCAAACUAUUUAUACAACAAACCAGAUCCUUGUCGAAAGAGCGAUUGCUGAAAAUAAGCCGGUGCAUGUUGUUAGGCUCUACAGGGAGAGGAGCGUAAGGGCUUUUAUGCUACAUUUGGUCUGUUGUACCAUAUUCAGCAACAAGAGCAGUUACUACGCGGAUGUUGUUUAUUUGCAGUACUUUCAAGAUUUAUCAUGCGUUCAUGAAUGGAAUUCGGGUGUUGCUGCUCUUGUUCAUUUGCAGCAUUAUUUGGAUCACGGGUCUGCGGUUAUCACGACUCAGAUGGCUGGCUACAUGUCAUUUCUUCAGGGAUGGAUAAUUGCGCACUUUCCGAGACUUAGUGUGUCGGUGGAUGCUCCUAAUUAUGCAGCGAACAUGCCACUAAAUUCAAAGGUUGUUCCUGGGCAAGGACAUAAGGAUGCAGCUGGAUAUAGAAGCAGUUUGGACAAUAUUCAAACUUACGAUUGCGUGUUCAGCACGUAUGAUGCCCACCAACAAGUGCGACCUUUGAUAAAUGCAUGUUGGUUUUCUGGAUGGUUAAUGUGUAGUAAAUUGAAAGCCAAGCAUUUGCCGGAACGUGUGCUAAGACAAUUUCAACAUGUGCAAGGCAUUCCAAGAAACCCGAGUAUGUCUGCAACGCCGGGAAUGAACUUGUGUGAGAUAGAUCGUGUGUUUACGGAAGCGUUGGAAUUGAGGAUGAUUGAUGAAGAGAUAAGGGGUCGGCCUGUUAUUAGCCCGUGGGACACUGAACCUGGAUAUAUGUCAUGGUUUUAUAGAGUGUCACAUCCAGUUAUGCGACCCGUACAAGCUCCUGAAUCACCACCAAGGCCACCUAAUUUAGAGGUGUUAAUAGAGGCGGCGGAAGCAAGAAAUGACCCUAAUCUAAUGCAAGUUUGCCGGAGUGUCAAGGUUGAGGUCGAAAGGGCAGUUCGCGAUGGUGAGGCGGUUGAAGGAACUCCUAUUCAUGGUACUUUGCAGCGGAUUCUGAAUUUACUUAAUCCGAUACUUGCUUAUAGGCGAAUUAAGCGGAGGAGGGGGACACGCUACAACACUCGGGGGUAG